CUUGAUUAAACUUGUGUAAAUAAUUGUUGAAUACCUGUAAAAAAGCAAAUUUCUCAAAUACUAUAUGUGAAAUAAGAAACUUUCAACAAAUAAAAGUAAUUAGAUAAAAAAUUUUUUAUUCAGCAUUAUUAGCUGUAUUAAUACACAUAUGAUACUAUAUUUAGUUACAAGACUAUCAGGAGCAUCGCUAGGAACAAGGAUAAAUAAUAGUAAUUUUAAAUAAACUUUUAGAUAAUAAAUCUGCUAAAAAUAUUUAAGCAUAGGUGUUCUAGACCCAAUAAUAAAAUCAUAAUUCUUUUGGAAGAACUUGUAAUAAUUUUUAAGAAUUAAAUUAAAAAUUGUUCAGAUUGGUCGAGUAGUUAAAAUGUUAAUUCAACUUAUGGUGGUGUUAAUUGUAAAUGUUUACUUCUUUCAAAGCAGUUUUCAAUGCCUAUUUUGAUGCUUAUUCUACAGCCUCCUUAGUUUUUAUUUCUUUAUCCCUAUUUUUCUUUUUAAUUUCAUAAAAUCUUCGUGCAUUUUAAUAAGCAGAUUAUGUGAUUUUAAUUUAUAUUUAAAUCAAGUCAGAAUAUUCAUCAAUCAAUAUAUAUUGUCAUGUUAUUUAUUUCUUUUAAAAUAAUUUAUUAUCCUCUUUUUUUGCUAUCAUUAAUCAAGUCUCAAAGAAUACUACUAUCCAUCAUCUUUUGAGUAAUGUCUAUAAUAGCUUACACAUCAACAAUAUUUUCUGA